AUGUGCAUCUUGUCGGUCGACCGUGCAUAUGCCCGGACAAAAUUAACGCUAGCGGAGCAGAUACCACGUUCUAACCAAUCAUCACCGUGUGCGUCACACGUCUCCAUUCCGUCGCCCUCGCCCAACUUGAGGGUCCAUAUCAUCUCCCCUAGAGCGUCCGUAACGGAGCACCAACUCCAUAUCAGCUACGAGGACUGCUGGAUCAUACUUCCGAAUUCGACGGUCGAAUCUCAGCUCCAAGAAUGGAAAACGUCAUCCAAAGCCACUCUGCUGGAUCAGUUAUCCGCCCUGAAUGCCAGAGAAUAUGAAGCGGUAAUGGCUACGAGGAACCGUAUUGACUCGAGCACAUUCACGGGGUAUGAAGAAGAAACCCUAGAGUGGGUCCAGUUCGGCGAAUACCGUACUCUCAUUGAAGGCAUUGAGCAGGUUAAGGCCAGGAACAUAACUAUGAUCCUGAGUGGGGUGUAUGGGCCGACUUCCCGGUUCGAAAAGAAAAAGGAGGCGGAUAUUCGGCGACCAACAUGGAUGAGGGUACGGCGCAAUGAGCUCGAACUAAGUUCAAUCAUGGCUGAGACGGUUGAACAGGUCCAUCGCAAGCAUCUUAAUCCUGAAACCUUGCUAACAUAUGGACUGCCGUGGGAUUGGGAUGAGGUAAUAUUUAAGUCCUGCGUGCACGCAUCCUGGAAUUCUAUCAUAUUGCCGUAA